CUGGUUACUCCUUCUCAAACUUUGCUGGAUGCCACAGCUUCCUGAACUGUAAAUGGGAGACCUCAUCCUUGCUCCAUCUACACCCCAUUUGGUCUGUGGCUUUAUACACCGUCUGUUUGCUGAAAGCCUGGUCCUCUGCCCUGAAGACUUCACCCUGUCAACAUAUCCUCCUAGAUGUCUAAUGAGCAGGAUUUCUACUCUGGAGGCCCUAUUUCUAGUCUAAAAGAUCUACAAGUCAAAGGUCAGAAAGGAAUCUUUCCUGUAAACAUCCUCUGGGCCACUCCCGGAAAAGAAUCACCCCUGGAGACUUCUUCAUGAAGGAAAACCUCCUGUAAUGCCCAAGAUGUGUUGUUCAGUAAAGCAGUGGAGGCACGGGGGGAGGCAAGUGUAGGACAGAAUCAAUGAAAUGAUCCCAUUUUUAACUAAGAAAAAUGGAAAACCACCAUUACGGAACAAUGAGAAAGAGGGGAAAAAAGAACGAGCUGUGGUGGACAAGGUGUUUUUUUCAAGGCUCACACGAAUUCUGAAAAUCAUGGUCCCUAGAACAUUUUGUAAAGAGACAGGUUACUUGAUACUUAUUGCUGUUAUGCUGGUGUCUCGAACAUACUGUGAUGUUUGGAUGAUUCAGAACGGGACACUCAUUGAAAGUGGUAUCAUUGGUCGUAGCAGAAAAGAUUUCAAGAAAUACUUAUUCAACUUCAUCGCUGCCAUGCCUCUCAUUUCUCUGGUUAAUAACUUCUUGAAGUUUGGGUUAAAUGAGCUCAAACUGUGCUUCCGAGUAAGACUAACUAAGUACCUCUAUGAGGAGUAUCUCCAAACUUUCACAUAUUAUAAAAUGGGAAAUCUGGACAACAGAAUAGCUAAUCCAGACCAGCUGCUUACACAAGAUGUAGAAAAGUUUUGUAACAGUGUAGUUGAUCUGUAUUCAAAUCUUAGUAAGCCAUUUUUAGACAUAGUUUUGUAUAUCUUCAAGUUAACGAGUGCAAUAGGAGCUCAGGGCCCAGCAAGCAUGAUGGCCUACUUGCUUGUUUCUGGGCUAUUCCUAACUCGAAUUAGAAGACCCAUUGGUAAGAUGACAAUAACUGAGCAAAAGCUUGAAGGAGAGUAUAGAUACGUUAAUUCUCGGCUCAUCACAAACAGUGAAGAAAUUGCCUUUUACAAUGGAAAUAAAAGAGAAAAGCAGACAAUCCACUCAGUCUUCCGAAAACUGGUGGAGCACCUACAUAAUUUCAUUUUGUUUCGGUUUUCUAUGGGCUUCAUUGAUAGCAUAAUUGCCAAAUAUUUUGCCACUGUGGUUGGUUACGUAGUUGUCAGUCGUCCUUUUCUAGAUUUGUCUCAUCCUCGACAUCUCAAAAGCUCACAUUCAGAACUUCUGGAGGAUUACUACCAAAGUGGAAGAAUGCUUUUGCGAAUGUCUCAAGCUCUGGGUCGAAUAGUUUUGGCUGGCCGUGAAAUGACAAGAUUGGCUGGCUUUACUGCUCGGAUUACAGAAUUAAUGCAAGUACUAAAGGAUUUAAAUCAGGGCAAAUAUGAACGCACCAUGGUCUCACAACAGGAAAAAGGAGCACAAGGCAUUCCCUUGAUACCUGGUGUUGGAGAAAUCAUCAAUGCAGAUAACAUUAUAAAAUUUGAUCAUGUUCCUUUAGCAACGCCAAAUGGAGAUAUCUUGAUUCGAGACCUUAAUUUUGAAGUUCGGUCUGGGGCCAACGUUCUAAUUUGUGGUCCAAAUGGCUGUGGAAAGAGUUCACUUUUCCGUGUUCUUGGUGAAUUAUGGCCUCUUUUUGGAGGACGUCUAACUAAACCCGAGAGAGGAAAGUUAUUUUACGUUCCCCAGAGACCUUAUAUGACCCUUGGAACACUUCGAGACCAAGUGAUAUAUCCAGAUGGAAGAGAAGAUCAGAAAAAGAAGGGGAUUUCUGACCUCGUACUGAAGGAAUACUUAGACAAUGUCCAGUUGGGUCAUAUCCUUGAACGUGAAGGAGGCUGGGACAGUGUUCAGGAUUGGAUGGAUGUACUCAGUGGUGGAGAAAAGCAAAGAAUGGCGAUGGCAAGAUUAUUUUAUCAUAAGCCCCAGUUUGCCAUUUUGGAUGAAUGCACAAGUGCAGUUAGUGUGGAUGUGGAAGACUACAUUUACAGUCAUUGUCGAAAGGUUGGCAUUACCCUCUUCACUGUGUCACAUAGAAAGUCUCUUUGGAAACACCAUGAGUACUACCUGCAUAUGGAUGGCAGAGGCAAUUAUGAAUUCAAACAGAUAACAGAAGAUACAGUUGAGUUUGGCUCUUAGAAUCGAGAGAACUGUAUUGAACCAGCUUCAAUGAAAUAAUUACACAAUACAAUUAGAAAUACAAAGUACAUUGUAAAAGUUGAGCUUGUUUUUUUAAACAAAACAACAAAUUAACUAGAUAUAAAAUAAUUGCGAAUAAGUUGUUGAAACAUUUAAUAUUAUAUAGGAUAUUGCUAAUUGUGUAUAUGUUGGUUUAAUUAUUAAUAUGUACUAAGAAUGUCCUUAUUCUUGUGGUUAAAAACCUGCCUAAAUUAAAUUGGGCUUAAAUCAGUGUAACCUGAUUCAUCCUGGGAUGUAAA